AUGCCCGGAGCCGCCGCCGCUGCCGCCGCCGCGAUGCUCCCGGCUCAGGAGGCUGCCAAGCUGUACCACACCAACUAUGUGCGGAACUCGCGGGCCAUCGGCGUGCUGUGGGCCAUCUUCACCAUCUGCUUUGCCAUCGUCAACGUGGUGUGCUUCAUCCAGCCCUACUGGAUCGGCGACGGCGUGGACACCCCGCAAGCGGGCUAUUUCGGGCUCUUCCACUACUGCAUCGGCAACGGCUUCUCUCGGGAGCUGACCUGCAGGGGCAGCUUCACGGACUUCUCCACGCUGCCCUCGGGAGCCUUCAAAGCCGCCUCCUUCUUCAUCGGCCUCUCCAUGAUGCUCAUCAUCGCCUGCAUCAUUUGCUUUACCCUCUUCUUCUUCUGCAACACGGCUACGGUGUACAAGAUCUGUGCCUGGAUGCAGCUCACCUCCGCUGCCUGCCUCGUGCUUGGCUGUAUGAUUUUCCCUGAUGGCUGGGAUUCAGAUGAAGUAAAACGGAUGUGUGGAGAAAAGACAGACAAGUACACUCUUGGGGCUUGUUCAGUCCGCUGGGCUUACAUCCUGGCUAUCAUUGGGAUUUUGGAUGCCCUCAUCCUCUCGUUUCUGGCAUUCGUGCUUGGUAACCGACAAGACAGCUUGAUGGCAGAGGAACUGAAGGCAGAAAACAAAGUUCUGCUAAGCCAAUAUUCUCUAGAAUGAGCACAAAACAAAUCAAAUAACAGCUAAACAAAUUGAAUAACAGCUUUUGUACAUCAACAUCGAGAAGGAAGACGCUUGGGAGAGAUCAGAGUAUCAAGAUGGAUAUGGGCGAGAGUGAAGCAUCCACUGUCAAAGCACCUUCUAAAUCUAGAUCGGCAGAUAUGGGAGUGAUUUUCUGGAAGGAGAUGUGAUCACGGAUUAAACACCAGCUCAUUGGAAACUAUCAUUGAAUAAGAGCAGAUAAUAUUCAUGAGAAAGCACAUUCAGGAAAUAUUUUAA